GAGAACCCAGAUUUUGUCACUUUCCUCGUCGGGCCCCACAGAAUGUCCUUCGUUGUUCCUUUCAAAGCGAUUAAAAACCGUGCCUAUUUCGUCGGACCACACUUGAACUUUGUGAUACAGAAAGGCAACGGAUACUACUUCGACCGGCCUAUCCUUUCCCGUAUUCAUCCUGAAGAUUUCCACAUGGUUGCGGAUUUUCUCCUCACUGAUGAUUUCGGCCGUCGAGUCAUCGAGAAUGAGGACCAAAGGCGCGAAUUGAUCGAUGAGUGCCUUUCAGCUUGGGCAGUCGCGGAAGAGCUAGGCAUGUUAGAUUUGAUGGAGCAUAUCGCUAACAAACUGAGGAGAUCUUUGCCAUGGCCUUUAGAAGAGGCUCUGUCAGUCGCGGGUCUCGUCCACAAAAGAAAGGAUUCAUUCGAUCCUAUCCAAAACCGUCUGAAAGAUUUGCUCGCAGGGUACAUCGCUGAUAACUUCUGGGAGUAUAUUGGAAACCACUUGACGAGUUUAGUGCAAAAGUUCAAACAAUGCCCAGAGCUGGAGCAGAGAGUACUUGAGCACAGGGUUGAGAAGUUGGAAAUAAAGCAUAGCCAUCUUCGUGCCCUUUGCGAUUGA